AUGUCUUCCUUCUUUCUUUCUUUCUUUCUUUCUUUCUUUCUUUCUUUCUUCAUUUCUUCCUUUUAUACAUCCAUGAAUUUCACUUUCUUUCUUUCCUUCUUUUUUCUUUCCUUCUUUCUUUCUUUCUUUCUUUCUUUCUUUCUUUCUUUCUUUCUUUCUUUCUUUUAUACAUCUCCGCCUUUCACUUGCUUCUUUACACAUUAUCAUUUUUUUCUUUUAUAUAACCAUGCCUUUCACUCUCUUUCUUUCUUUCUUUCUUUCUUUCUUUCUUUCUUUCUUUUAUACAUCUCCGCCUUUCACUUUCUUCUUUACACAGUAUCAUUUUUUCUUUUAUAUAACCAUGCCUUUCACUCUCUUUCUUUCUUUCUUUCUUUCUUUCUUUCUUUUUCUUUGUUUUUUUUUAUUAUAUUUCUUUCUUUCUUUUAUUCUUUCUUACAUAAUAUCUUUUUCUUACAUGGUGUCAUUCUCUCUUUCUUUCUUGCUUGCUUAUUUUCUUCCUUCCUUUCUUUCUUUCUUUCUUUUGUUUCUUUCUUAGAUUGUUUCUUUCUUUUUUCUUUCUUUCUUUCUUUCUUUCUUUCUUUCUUUCUUUCUUUCUUUCUUUCUUUCUUUCUUUCUUUUCCUUUUCCGCUCUCGCCAUUUUACCAAAGUUAG